AGGUUCUUUCGCUUCUUUUCCCUUCACGCCACCGCCUAGCGCGGAGGCACUACCGCUACGACUCUCCGCCACGGUUUCCUUGCGCUUUUUCUUUCGCAUGAUUUCGGAUGAACGGACUUGUACCUAUUUCCUUUGUGGAUGCUUUUGUUUCCUCUUUCACAUCAUGUCGCACGCAAGCGCAGCAGCAGCAAAUGCCGCCGCCGCCGUCACCGCCGCCGCCGGUCGCACAGUGUCCGACUGAGUAGGCAGGAACGAGCGAGCGAGCGGGCUGGUUGCGCAAGCAUCUACGACGAUUUCGCCGGCGGGCCCCGUUUCCCGCUUCCUUGUUAUCAGGGCGGACGCGAGGGGUGCGCAUACAGUUGCUGCGCCAGGCGACCGCCUUGUUCGCGUCUUCAUCUAACCCUUCCCGGAGUUACUGGGCAGGGGGGACGCACACGCGGUUGCCGCAGCCGUCGGCGAACUGGAGGAGCAGACUAGGACGCGGGUUGGGCAGGCGGCGGGUACGCACACGAAUUGCGACUCGCCGCAACGAGGAGGGAUGAUGGUGGAGGACGUGGGCGCUCUUGGCUCGAGCUAGCUCGAGGGGAACUCUUGGGCUGGACUUGAUGGACUUGAUGCAGGGCAGGACAUGGGUGAUGUCGCCAGAUUGAAACGGACUGAAACGGA